AUGCGAUCGACAGUUGCAGCAAUAGCCAGGUCUUCAUUCUGGCCAGCCUCAGAAGACGAAAAAGCCGAAGAAUUGGAGUACGCACUCCGCGGUGGCAAAGUGACCAUCCCCAGAGUGGUCCCUGACCAACAAUUUGCUGCCUAUGCCGACAGCCACAACGACCAGGACGACACCCUGGUCGAGCAGCGCUACCUCGACCAGAGGCGUCCGCUGAAGCUUGACGUCAAGGUUCGAGGCCUCCUCAACACACUUCGCUUCGUGGACAACCCGCGCGUGGCGCAACAGCCCCUCGGCGCCGACGAGAUCGAGGUGCAGGCACGAGCGUAUGGCCUCAACUUCAAGGAUGUGUUCAUCGCACUGGGCCAGAUGCGGCCCGGCGUUCACAUGACAGGUGAGGUAGCCGGCGUGGUCACUGCCGUCGGGUCCAACGCGCAGUCGCUCUGGAAGACGGGGGACCGCGUCGUGGGUCUCAUGGUCGACCCAUUCGGGAGCCUGGUGCGCGUCAAGGCCAACGCUGCCACGGCGAUUCCGGAGUCCAUAUCUUUCGGGGAUGUUGCCUCGAUCCCCGUUAUAUACUACACGGCCUGGUACUGCCUGGCGCAGAUCGCGCGACUGGAGCGCGGCCAGACCGUGCUGAUCCACGCGGCGUCGGGCGGUGUUUGCCAGGCUGCCAUUCAGAUUGCGCACAUGAUCGAGGUCUUCGCAACCGUGGGCAGCGUUGCCAAGAGCAAGCUCGUACAGGACAAGUACGGUGUGGACCCCGACCACAUCUUCUCGUCGCACGCCCGGACCUUCAAGAAGGGAAUUAUGCGCAUGACGGGCGGCAAGGGCGUUGACGUUGUGCUCAACUCGCUGUCUGGCGAGUUCCUGAUGGACAGCUGA